GCAGAGGGACACACAAACAACAUUAAACAAACCCUCACGGAGCUUGAAAUCAUCGUUUUGCCGUUCCACUUACAGACACAUACACAAAAGCACAACUAUCAUGUCGAUGUCAGCGGCGCAGGCGAGGACAACUCUUAAAGAGGUAAUGCAAUACGCUGAGGAAGGCAUCCACUACGAUGACGACGGGGAGCUUGAACUACUAACGGAGAGAGUGCCCAGCUACUUCGAAGUCAGAGUGAACAUUCGUGCAAGCAUCACUGCGAACGGAGAGGAGUCGCUCAGAGCACGGAUGCUAUUGGCACGGUUCACAGAGGCGCGUGAUUUGCGUGUAAACGACAGUGCUGAUACCAGUGCCUACAGAUUGAGAAAAGUGGUUGGUUGGAUGUGCACAGAAGGGAUGUCUGCUGAAGGGGACGUGGAUAUGACAAAGCAGCAGCAGGGCGGAACAUACACAGCAGCUGAUUUCAAGAAGAUGCUCAUGACACAGGCGAGGAAAUGGGGAAUGUUUGUUGAAGAUUCUAACGACGAGUUGAAGAGCGGAGGCAAUCGGUCAACGGGUAUGGCUGCAGAGGCUGGAAAGAGACCCAAGAGGGUGGACGAGGAACACUUGUUCCCGUUCACGUGGAAAUCAAGAAGACACGCCAUAUCGAUAACAAAACGGGACGUAUUGCGAUUGGGUGCCAAGCAGUGGUUGAACGAUAACGUGAUCGAUAUGUACUUACAGUUCAUCUAUGACGAACAUUUUCCAGACGGAGACAAUAUGACACUUCAUGUUUGCACAUCUUUCUGGCACACCGCAGUCAUCGCUAAUCAGAAGGUUUAUGUCCCGAAAGCGGAAUGGCAGGGGUGGAUCAAGAGUACAUCGCCAAAGCUGCGUCGAAUAAGCAAUGAACUGCGAACAAAAAGUGUUGUUCUCAUCCCUGUGAAUCACGAAAACCAUUGGAAAUUGCUCUUGCUACUGAAUGUCGGCCAGUUUUUGGCAGUAACGGAGGACAACGAUGGCCAGAAACGACCUGUUGUGAUCGUCAUCGAUUCCUUUCAACAGAGCGACCGACAGGAAUGGAAGGCGUUGCGCACAUUUUUAUGGUAUGAAUACCUCAGCGAGGCAGACAAAGCAGGGGUGUUGACUCCCGACACAGUGGACACGUCGUGGGUGACAUGAAGAGAUCUACUUGGAUCUAAGAUAGUGUACGCUGAAUGUUCGCAACAGACCAAUACGUCGGACUGUGGUGUUUAUGUUUGUUGCGUGGCAGCUGAAUUGAUGCGAAAGCUAGCAAAACAGAGUAAGCAAACGAACAUUACCGCAAAAUAUAUAACAGAAGUUGUUAGCGCGAUGGAGGUUGACAACCGAACGGUCGACAUAUUUCGUCAGUCAAUGGUACAACGCUUUGCGCAGUGUGUUGUCGAGGCAAAAGGAUAUAACACCGCAGCAGCAUGUGACAUAGAAAAUGUUUUCAGAAAUCUCAUAGACGGAACACGGAGUGGAUGUUCAUAAAUACGAGGGCAUGAUAAAAUCCGUGAGAUCAG